AAGGGCGCCCGUGUGGCGCCAAACAUGGGCCUUCCGGGUACCCGUACGCGGCGCUUGGUGAAUGACGUCAUCGCCGCUGCGCCGUCAUUCACCAACGGUGCUGUCAUUCACUCGCGGGGAUAUGUUCAAGGUAAAGCAGUUGGUGGCUGCUCCUGUUAGCUUAAGCUUCCUUACUUUCCAAGUAUAUGCUGCUGCUCCAGAAAAAGAGGCUUCCAAAAAGAGCUUACUGAGAGUUGAUGAGCUUUCACUCUAUACCAGUCCAGCACCAAAAUCAAAGUAUGUAGAAGAUCCGCAAACACAGUUGGAGGAAGGUAUCUCUCAUGUGCGACAUUCCUUGGAGCCAUAUACAGGCUGGUUUCAGGAUUUUUGUGGCAAAGCCAAACCCAAAGUAGAGAAAGCGGCUGAAUAUGGUAGAGAAGGCUGUGAACUCCUCAAAAACCCACCUCCAGGAUUUUACCCAAGGCUUGGUGUCAUCGGUUUUGCUGGUGUUAUUGGGUUGUUCCUGGCUAGAGGUUCCAAAGUCAAGAGGUUUGUGUAUCCAGUAAGCUUCAUAGGAAUUUGUGCCUCUCUCUACUAUCCACAACAAGCCAUUGCUAUUGGAAAGGUAACUGGUUCUCGACUGUAUGACUGGAGUUUGCAGGCAUAUAUAAAUAUAGAAUCUCUCUGGAAAGAUACUCCAAAAAAGAAGAAAUCUGCAAAAGCAAGUGACAAGGUUGAUGCAGAGAGUAACAAAAUGGCGAAAGUACAAGAAGAAAAAGCAAUCAAAUAAAAUAAUCUAUUUCUUAUUUAAAAGUACAGAUGAAUAGAGAACUUACAGAAGAUCAACAAUUUCCUAGAAAAUUGCAGCAUCUAUCAUGGCAGUGAGUCCAGUUUGCCUGUGUCUUGGCUCAGAAAGAGGGGAGCUCACAGUCCAUCUGAAAAGCACCCUGCCUGAAUGUGAAAGGACGUAGCCUUGCCUUUGCCAGUUACACUCUCGAAAAUGGGAGUUCGCUGAUGUGACUCAGAACCUGCUUCAGGACCUGUGCCUAUACACUGUAAUCCUGACCCCAGUUUACAAGGAACUAUGUUCCAUUGAACUUAAUGGGACUUAAUUCUAAGUAAAUGCUUGGGGUGGCUGCAAAUUGACUCUUGAAACUCCCCAGUCUCUUGUUACUAUUUAUAAGGCUUAAAUAAAAUGAAGAUUUAACAGUA